GGACCGAGGUGAUCCUCCACCGUCCCACAAUGCUCCGGGUCAGCCUGGGCCUGGCGUGUGAGGAGCGCGGUGGUUGCAGCGACUACUCGGGGGGCGGCCAACAAUAAAGAAUGGCAAAAAGUACAAGAAGUAAAUGGAAGCGGGCGAUGCGAGCAGAAAAGAGGAAAAAAAAUGCGCCAAAGGAACUUGCUCGGCUGAAAAAAAUACUGGGAAUGGAUCGGAGUGGUGACAUUAAUAUGAAUGCUGUUGAAGAAAUUGCUACUGUAGUCCCAAGCGAAAAACUCCAGCAGAAGCCAGCUGCGGAAGGAGAUAAAGCUUCUACCAUGAACAUAGAUAAGAAAAUGAACAAAAAGACGUUUUUGAAUGAACAUGGACAGUAUCCACUAUGGAUGCAUCCGAGACAAAGAAAGAAGAUCAAACACCAGCUGAAAAUGAAGGGGAAAUCAAAACGUCCAAAGGGGUUGGCAUGGUGAACGUGAAAGCAGAGUAUCCAAGGACUUGUUUUUAUGUACUAAUAAGUCUGAAACAAAUGAUUCAAUAUACACUUUGCUAAAUGCUCACUGAAGCAGUAUACUACACGUUUAGCAAUGUAUGCUACUGUAUUCCCAGUUUGGUGUACGGAGCCUUUUGUAAAUGUUGAGAGAAUCCUUAAGAAUAAAAGGCAGCACAAGACUAACGCGCAAUUGGUAAAUUAGCCUUCUAAUGUUUAAGGUGCAAUUACACAACAAAUGUAUCUAUAACUCUUACUUCAAUUUAAAUGUAAAUACAUUAUAAAGUGUUUUUAAAACUAAGCAAGUGAGGAUCUGGUGUGCAAUUUAAUCAGUUAAUUUGUUCUUCGUUCCAGAUUUAUUAAAAUAAAUAUUUUUUAAAAAUCCAA